AUGCUUAACGUUGCCCGUGUCUGUUUCACAUCACUGGGUGUUUUUAGCGCCGCCGUGCAUCAGAAUUUGACUUUAUUUUUUAAAUAUCAAGGUGACCAUGCUGUUCUGUGUGUCAGAAUCAAGAACGUAGCAGUAGCUGUGACAAAAACAGCUAGAAUUCACCUGUUUCAAGCACAGGAAUGGCAGAAGCUGCAGAACAGUAUCCAAGAUCACAGCUGUACAGAGAAGUUCUCUAAAGCUCAGCUGACAAUGACUGUGAACCACACAGAGCAAAAUCUGACAGUGUCCCAGAUUCCUUAUCCGGAAACAUGGUAUGUGUUUUAUGUAGACAAGUUUACCUGCGAGGAGAAUUAUUCUGAAUCCGAGGAUAUUCAGUUUGAAAUGGUCUUACUAAACCCAGAUGCAGAAGGGAAUCCAUUAGAUCACUUUAGCGCAGGGGAAUCUGGAUUACAUGAAUUCUUUUUCCUGCUUGUCCUAGCAUACUUCAUAACUGCUUGCAUAUACGCACAGUCCCUAUGGCAAACAAUUAAGAAGCGUGGACCUAUGCAUACUGUAUUAAAGGUGUUGACAAUUGCGUUACUGUUGCAGGCUGGUUCAGCUUUUGCCAACUACCUGCAUUUCUCAAGUUAUUCUAGAGAUGGAAUAGGAGCACCUUUUAUGGGAAGUCUGGCAGAAUUGUGUGACAUAGUCUCACAGAUACAAAUGCUGUAUUUAUUGUUGAGUCUGUGUAUGGGUUGGACGAUAGGCAGAAUGAAGAAGUCUCACGGCAGACCUCUUCAGUGGGAUUCCACUCCAACAUCUACUGGCAUUGCUGUAGUAGUUGUUGUUACACAGAGCUUUUUAUUAAUUUGGGAGCAGUUUGAAGAUACGAAUCACCACAGCUACCAUUCACACCAUGGCUUAGCAAGUGGACUGCUUAUUGGGCUCAGAGUUUGCCUAGCUUUGUCACUGGCUGCUGGUCUUUACCAGAUCAUCACAGUGGAGAGAAGCACGCUGAAAAGGGAGUUCUAUAUCACCUUUGCCAAAGCCUGCAUUCUCUGGUUUUUGUGCCACCCAUGUCUUGCAACCAUUUCUGUAAUAUUCAGAGAAUAUCAAAGAGAAAAGAUUAUUACCAUAGGUGUUAUCCUCUGUCAGUGCAUCUCCAUGGUUAUCCUCUACAGACUUUUUCUAUCUCACAGCCUAUAUUGGGAAGUAUCUUCUCUGUCAUCAGUGACAUUGCCACUAACAGUAUCCUCUGGACAUAAAAAUCGACAUCACUUCUGAGACGUUUAGGAAGAAUACAUUAUGUAAUAAAUGUGCAAUAAUGACCUAAAUAUACAGGUAUUUUUGUCACAGGUGUGUGAUACAUUGGUUUCACUGGAAAACUGAGUGAUAAUAUCAGAGCACUUCACAGACCUUUGGUCUGACAAGGUCCCUAGAUUAAUCUGCUAAAAGUAUUGUGGAGUGGAAAGUCCAGAAUUUGAAUAAUUUUAUAAAUAUUGUUUAUGUGUAGCAUGUGGUGUUGAGCUGUAUCACAGAAAAGUACAAUGAAUUUUUUCCUCCCCCCCCCCCAGCCACAAAAAAUGUCCUUACUUUAUAUCAAUACUAGGUUUGAAGGUCUUACAAAAUGUAGUUCUUAAAACAUCUACAAGCUCAAACAAGUCUGAAAUAGGCCAGUUGUGAAAUUGGUGUGAUGCGUAACGAUGAGUACAAGUUAUUUUAUUUUCAUGCUUUAGAGAAAAUGCAUUUUAUGUAUAAGUAUAAAAGAAGGGGAAACCAAAGAGGGAGAGUCCUCUAGAAAACACAUCUAAAACAUUCACAACUGACUGCGAGAAACUUUCCUUUAUUAUUGGUGUAAAAGAAAAGCCUUUUUUGCAACUAAUGUUCAUACUGGUUAAAAUUUUAAUGGGAAUGAAAAUAGGGUUUAUAUCUGCCUUUUUUUUGAAAUAAAUGUAACUAAAAAUUUCAUCCAGUAAUGAAGAUCUAAACAGCAUUUGAGGCUUAGAAGACAUAGCAACAUAAAGGUAAUUAAAACAGCAGGCUUGCAUCUUUUAAAGAAAAAAAAAAAAGGCAAAAUGGAAUGGGUGAUGUGGUACUAGAAUUUUAAUCCUGAUAUAAUUCAUUUCUGUUACAUUGAGGAUUCAAUCAUAAUUAAGCCAUAUACACAGAUUAAAUUAACAGAAGCAUUUCAAAUAAAUGUUGGUUUCAGUCAUCAACUACCCAUGAAUUCCUGCCCAAGGAUACUUAAUCAGGAUUAAAUUUUCUAUGAAUAAUUGAAAAACAAAAUACUCACUGGAUUUGUUAUAAUCCAUGUUGGCACUGGGUUCUAAGUAGUUGCCAUCUUCCAUCCAUUGUAAUAAAGCCAUAGUACUUUGUGAUGCCCUAGCAUUCAGAAAGCCAGUGUAAAUAUAUACUUUAUUGAAGUGCCUAUUUAUUGAGUAUGAUUAAAUCAUGCUGACAUUUUUUUUUCCUUCAUAAUACGAACUUACCUAUUGCCAUUGUGACUGAAAUCUUUCUUUUGGGAUUUACUUUAGUAUUUGUCAAAUCUUAGACUUCUUUUCAUGCAUGUGCAUUUCUUCACAACGGGGAUUUUGUUUUCUAGUAAACGAAUGUUUGUUUCUUCUUAACAGUGUGUGUUUAAUUAUGUCUCUAUGAAAAUGUGAAGGCACCAGGAUUCUAGCUUUAAAAUAGCCCUAACUUUUCCAUUCACAUUUGCCUCAGUUGCGAGCAUAGUUGAAACGUAAGUCUAUUCCAUUUUAGUUUAGAGGCAAAACUAGACAUUUACCUUUGACUAAGGCAAAAUGGCAACAUGACAAAGUUGCUCAUUAAAUCAUCUCCUUUCUUAUUGUUUGUAAUUCAGAUCAAGAAUGGCAGGUUGAGGCUGGAAAAGAUGAGAUAUUAUGAUUUCACACAAUCUUCAGAAUGAUUAAAAGAUUAAUUAUUACAUUCCUCUGAUAACCACACAAAAAUAUUAUUGGUUAAAACUUCAGUCUUUAUUUCCCUGCUUAUCUCUGUACUUUUCAUCUUCUCAAGAAAAAAGCAUCCUGUUUUUGAUAAGUCUCCAAUAAUGCAGCAGAAGAGUUAGAUCUGUCCUCAUGUAUAAGACAUGAAAUUCACACAUAAAAUAGAAUUUUCUGAUAGACACAAGAACUACUUUACAGUUUAUGAUCUGUCAUGAUAAAAAGUUUUAAUCUAUGCGGAAAAAACUGUAUGUGACUUUCAGAAGAGGCACUCUGUUUGUUUUAUUCUCCAGAAGUAUUUUCUUACUUCCUGUAGUCCCUCUGACUUCAAUCUGUCGGUAUUAAGGUAAAUGGUAUCUUAAUUUCACCUUAUAAAUAUACCCUACAACAAUUCAUAAAAUGAAUUCAUAGUUAAUCUGGGUGUAAAUAUGAAGCAUAAGAUGUUGUCUCUUAAUCUUUUCCAGAUUGCCCCAUAAGUCAACAGGUAACAUUAUCCUCUCUUAGCUUGGCAUCGAAUCCGACGACUUGAAAAUAAAAUUUUAAUUUUGCUAUUCAUG